AUGCGAAAGUUACUGCUUCUAUUCGCCGCUACUUCCCUUUCCCUGGCCGCAAUUCACUAUCCGAGAAAAGGUUUGGCAGCUGCUGGAAGAAGUCGUCAAAAGUACGACGAGGCCGACGAAGGAGAGGCGUUCGUUGUCCUGGUGGCCGGAUCCAAUGGAUGGUACAACUACAGACAUCAGGCGGAUGUCGCGCACGCCUACCACACUUUGAGAAAUCAUGGCAUCCCAGAGGAUAAUAUUAUUACGAUGAUGUUCGACGAUGUGGCCAAUAAUCAAUUGUGAGUUUACCGUUUUAAUGUCCUCCAAUAAUUCGUCUUCCUCUUUUGAUAGGCAGUCUUUGAUGGAGAAAAAAAUGUACAUAUAUUACAGAAACCCGUACAAAGGCAAACUGUUCAACCGUCCUCAUGGAAAGGAUCUCUACAAGGGCUUGAAAAUCGACUACAGGGGUGCGGCAGUCACUCCCGAAAACUUCCUCAAUGUUCUCAAAGGAAACGCAAGUGGUGUCGACGGAGGGAACGGAAGAGUUCUGGAAACGUAAGUUGAACCAUCUCCCACACAUUUUAAUAUAUAUCAAGCGAACUUUAGAAACGAGAACGAUCGAGUGUUCGUCUAUUUCACCGAUCACGGAUCCGUCGGAAUGAUCUCUUUCCCCGAAGGAAUUCUGACUGUGAAACAGUUGAAUGACGCGCUCAUCUGGCUGCACAAGAACAAGAAAUACUCACAGUUGGUGUUCUAUUUGGAAGCUUGCGAGUCCGGCAGCAUGUUUGACAGUGUGCUCAGAGCUGAUAUGGAUAGUACGUUUGAACCAGUUCAAGAUGAAAUCAUCCUCACACAACUCAUUUUAGUCUACGCCAUCACCGCAGCGAACGGUCAUGAAAGCUCUUGGGGAACGUUUUGUGAGAACGACAUGAACCUUCCGUGCCUUGGCGAUUUGUUCAGCGUCAACUGGAUGACAGACUCGGACGGUGAGGAUUUGAAGUCGGAGACUCUGGAGUUCCAGUACGAGAUGGUCAAAAAAGAGACGAACUUGUCGCACGUCAUGCAGUUUGGUGAUAAGGAUAUUGCGAAAGAGACCGUCGCACUGUUCCAGGGAGAUAAAGAGGAUCGGGAGUACACCGAUGACUAUGUAAUAUUUGAAACGGUGUUGCUUGCAAUUGAUUGAUCAAAUUUUAACUUGCAGGAACUCUCAGCCUCAAGAUCUGUGAACUGGCCGUCUAGAGAUGUAGAGCUGAACCAUUUGACGUUGCUUUUGAAGCAGGAAAAUGAUGUUAUGGCUGCGAACAAGUUGGAGUACAAAAUUAGAAAGAUCAAGGAGACACGUAGGGCCAUCAAGAAGUCGGUGCACAUGAUUGUCGAGAAGUUUUUCGAGGGAGAAUCGGAGGAGUGAGAGAUAACUAGAAUUCGAGAUACGGAAAUAUAAAUUGCCACAUUUUCCAGUCUAAUCUCCCGCGUGCUGACCCAAACUCGCCCGGUCCUCGACCUCCGCUGCCAUCACAUGACCGUGAACAUCUUCAAAAAGUACUGCAUUGACUUCAAUCGCUAUGAGUACGCGAUGAAGUACGUGAAAGUGCUGAACAACAUGUGCUUGCACCGAAGAGCCGAGGAGAUCCUUCUCGCGCUUCCGGACAUUUGCCUGGAUGUCAAUAUCGAGGAAGAGGUGGCCGAUGCCCUCCAACAGUAUUGA